AGUAAUUCGCUCCAGCUUCCUUUACAUUUUCACUUGCUUCCUCUUCUUCGCUACUUUCUAUCACCAUUUUCUUCGCCAUGAUUUCUCUGCAUAUCACAACGAAAUUAUUAAUCCUCACAAUACUACUAUCAAAUCCACCACACCCAAUUUUCUUUUUCAUGAAAAUUUUUCUUCCCCUAAUACCCCUUCUCGAAAAUUCCCUAUAAUUCCCUCUGUUUCCAUUCUCAUGCCGGAUUGGGAAGUCUACGUCAUCGUUUCACCUGAUUUUUCCCCUCUACAAACCCAUUAUAAUAAUUCUAGUUUUCUCUGUGUUUUUGAUACCGGAGAGGAAUCUCCGGUUGUUCCCGCCGGUGAGCUUCCAUUUCCGGUCCGGUCCAUUUUCAACUGCAAACUUCCUAGCCGGGCUCGUCGGAGAUUGCCGUUUACGCAACCCAUUUUGACGAGCUCUUCUGCUAAUGUUUCUUAUCGGAAUUCACCUUCGCCGGAGCUGUUACGGUGGAGUUUUCUCGUCUACGACUCUCUCACAACCGAUGACGAUGUCGUUUUAUUCGUUAAAGGGUUAAAUAAUCAUCAAGGCAUUAACAGAGAACCCACAGAAUUCACCUGUAUUUUCGGCGACGGCGUUAAAACCGCCGUGACAAGUUCAGUACAAGAAGUUUUCCGUUGUAAACGGCCGGAUUUCGCCGUUAAUAUGCCAAUCAAAGUGUCAAUUGAAAUUGUAGGACCCACUCCUAUUGUGGUCCCUACAGUAGCCUAUUAUUCGCCACAACGGAAACUUGCUAGCCCUGAAAAAGCUAACCUCUGUUUUUGCACUAUGGUGUACAACGUGGCUAAAUUCUUAAGAGAAUGGGUUUUAUACCAUUCUAAAAUUGGAGUUGAGAAAUUUAUAUUAUAUGAUAAUGGAAGUGAUGAUGAUUUAGCUCCAGUUGUUGAAGAGCUAGUUGAAGAUGGCUAUAAUGUGCAAACUUAUUUUUGGCUAUGGCCAAAAACGCAAGAAGCUGGUUUUUCCCAUAGUGCCAUUUUUGCUAAGGAUUCAUGCUCAUGGAUUAUGUACAUUGAUGUAGAUGAAUUUGUGUACUCUCCAUCUUGGUCAAAUUUAACUCAACCAUCACAAUUACUAUUACCUUCUACAUUACUGAAUUCAGAAGGACUCAGUGUAAUCGCACAAGUGGGGUCUAGAAAAUCGACCGAGAAAAAUGUUGCACAAAUUAGCAUUCCUUGUUAUGAAUUUGGACCGUCGAAACAGAAGGUACAUCCAGUAAAGGGAGUGGUACAAGGGUAUAAUUGUAGGAGGAAAAUGGAGAAUAGGCACAAGUCUAUAGUAUUUUUGGAUGCUGUAGAUUAUUCUUUGCUUAAUGUGAUACAUCAUUUUAAGUUGAAGCCAGGGUACAAUGUGAAGAAAUUGAAUGUUGUUGAGAUGGUGGUGAAUCAUUAUAAGUAUCAAGCUUGGCCUGAAUUUAAGGCUAAAUUUAGGAGAAGGGUGUCAGCUUAUGUUGUGGAUUGGACUAAACCAUUGAACCUUGGUUCGAAUGAUCGAACCCCCGGGUUAGGGUAUAGUCCAGUUGAGCCAAAAGGAUGGCAGAGGAAGUUCUGUGAGGUAUAUGAUAAUGGUUUAAAAGAUUUGACAUGGAGAUGGUUUGCAGUUGAAUCCCUUGCUCCAUCUGAGUACAGUUUGCCUUGGCAAAGAUGAACCAUAUGGGGAAUCGACGAAUGCAGCGAACAAUAUUACUAGUGGAUUGAGUUGUUACAAUACGUCUUGUCUAGCUAUGACUUUAGAAUUUACCAGAUAGAAGGUAGCAGAGAACUGUAAUAUUUCUUUGAUUCAAAUUGAGAUUUUCUUUGAUUCUUAAUUUUUUUCUCUGCAAUUUUUGUUCUUUUGAUUCUUUUAGUGUAGGUUGAUAUAUAUUUGUUUAGAUGUAGUUAGUGGGAUAGAUAGGAGAGACCACUUGUUCUUGAAUUCUUCAAGAGCAUAAGAUUAAUGUUAGAUUGCUAUAAUGUAGUAUAUAUCUCUC